UAUGAAAACCACAACAGUAGUAGAAUCAUAGGUUAUUAAGACUAAUGUGGAAGUUGAAUAAGCACCAAUUAGAUACAAUAGAAAAAGAAAUUAUAUGUCCACUUCAUUUGUAUCUGCUUAAUUUCCUAAUACAUAAUAUGGGUGCUAUUAAAUUAUGAUUGACAAUCAUGAAUGCCGACCAAAAUGUCAACCUCCUCCUUAAUAACCUUAUAUGAUGCCUAUGUAUGUUCCUGUUCCAUAUCCUUAAUAAUAAGAGAAGGAAUGUGAAUGUGAAGAUGGAGAAUCAUAUAAGGAAGAAUUAUUGUUUUUAAGAUAGAGAGUAGCAGAAUUAUUAGCAAGAGAGCCUGAAGUAAAGACUGUUAAAGAGAGAGUAGAAGUAAUAGACAACACAAGAGUAUUAAUAAAAUGAUUAUUAAAUAUAGGUUGAAGAACUUGAACUUGAAGCAUAGAGAUUAAGAUUAUAAUUAUAAUAAGCAUAAAAUUAAUUACGAUAAAAAGAGUAAGAGUUUAUAGAAUUAAGAAGUGGAAAUGAUCAAUCAUAAUAAGGAUUAUCAUAGAGAAUCAAAAUAAUUGAAGUAAGAAAUAAAAAUUAUAUCAGGAAUAAUUGUAUAAGGUAAGACUGGAAAUUGAAAGAAUUACUGGAUUGUUGAAUUAAAAAGAAUAAGAAAUUGUAGAAUUCGAAAGAAGAUGUCAUGAAAUGGAAAGUUCUGUUACUUAUGAAAUUGAAGAGAAAACAACAAAACUGAGAUCUGUAUUAUUAAAUAUUAUUUUUCAAAGGAAGUAGAAGUUUGGAAAAGUAGAUUUAAGAAAUUAAACACAGAAUAUUUCACUUGUUAAGAAACAUUAAUUAUGGUAUAAGCUGAAAUUGAUUCAAUUAAAAAUGGAGGAGUAAAAGAAGUUAAGGAAGUAAAAGUUGAAAAGAAAGUUGUAGGACCAACAAUUACAACAGUUUCAUCAAGUCAAUCAAGAACAAGAGGAUCAAGAGUAAUUGAAAGUUCGGAAGUCAUAAAAGAAGGAACACCAGCUAGGUUAUACCCAUGAG